CACAUGCGAACACUUGGCUCUUUGUGUGUUUCAAUCGCCUGCAGUGGUUCCUUGUAGUCGCACGCUGACGACGCUCGCCUUUCGUCAGAUUCUUUCGGGAAAAAAGGCGACGGCCAGCGAACUGACACAAUCUCCACGUAAAACUGAAGUUAAACACUUAGGGUUGCCGACAGUCGAAAGAUGAUCACAAGGUUCUCAAUGUUACUGUGGCUCUGCUGUUCUGCUUCUUGGGUAAUUGGAACGUUCAGUGAAAGAAACAUCAAGAAAAACUCGCACAGGAUAAGGCGGCAAACAGACGUCACUGAUGGAGAUGGGGACCAACAGAUUAUCAAUGUCAUUGGGGAACCAGGAGAUGCUGGAGCCGGAGGAGAACGGGGCCCACCUGGAUUCAUUGGACCUCAAGGGACACGUGGACCGAGAGGAUCACGGGGUCCCCAAGGGAACAAGGGUCAGCAGGGUAUCACAGGACCUCCCGGUCUUCCGGGUCCACCUGGACCCCCGGCAAACACGCUGUACGAGUCAAUACCAGGUGAAAAGGGACCUGCCAUUCGACCAAUCCUUGUAACAACAGCUGCCAUAAAAAUGAAGGAAAUUAGAGGGGAUCCUGGACCCAAAGGUCUUCCAGGCUCAAGGGGCAUGAUGGGUAUUACAGGCGAGCCGGGGAGAACUGGUGAAAUGGGCGUCAAUGGAGAACGAGGAGAUCCUGGUGGACCCGGUCUGCCCGGAUUGGAUGGCACUCCAGGCUUGAGAGGAAAACCUGGCAAGCGAGGCUUUCGUGGAAUGAAAGGAUAUCAGGGUGCUAUUGGCGACUCCGGACAUGAUGGAGUCCAGGGUCGAGAUGGUCACCGAGGAAGGCGCGGUACACCAGGUCCUAAGGGUUUCCGUGGUGGCGACGGAGACGAGGGAUCCGUUGGACCAGACGGGAAUCAAGGAGUGGACGGUGAACAGGGAGAUCCUGGACCCCAUGGAAAACAAGGAACUGUGGGAUUCCCUGGUGACCUUGGAAGUCAAGGUAACCCGGGAGCUGAAGGAGACAUAGGGCUUGAAGGAUCUAAAGGAGUAGCAGGGCCUCCUGGUCUCCCAGGCCCCACAGGAGAAGUAGGGUCUACGGGACAAGUGGGUGAAAAGGGACCCCUUGGAUAUCAGGGGGAAAGAGGCUCUAGGGGCUCCCCUGGAGUUCAGGGGCCCCCAGGGAACAGUGGAGAUGAUGGCAUCCAGGGUGGUCCAGGCUUCAAAGGAAGACAGGGUGAAGUUGGUAUCACUGGACUUGAAGGCAAUCAAGGUCUUUCCGGAGAAAGGGGAAUCCCUGGAGAGGCAGGGCCAACUGGAGGGGAUGGUCCACCGGGUAACUACGGAGAACCUGGAGCGCGCGGAGGACCUGGGGAUAAAGGAACAACAGGUCGGCACGGAGCUCCUGGGAGUCUUGGUUUGCCAGGAGUACGUGGACUAAAGGGAAAACAAGGCCAUCCUGGAGCACAGGGCCAGUCUGGUCGUGAAGGAGAUCAAGGAAUACCUGGUGGGCGUGGCAUGACUGGAAAAGAUGGAUCCCCUGGUGUUAUGGGCCCCAUUGGUCACCGAGGAAACAGAGGAGAGCGCGGCACUAAGGGAACCAAAGGUGGAGAAGGACGGACAGGAUCUGAAGGAUCGCCCGGUCGUUCUGGCCCCCGAGGGCGGCAAGGUAAGCUGGGCAGAGGAGGAACGCCUGGAAUCCCUGGAGAACUUGGAGACAAUGGUCGGCCUGGCAGACAAGGGGAGGCUGGUUCGGCUGGUGCGCUAGGACUCAUGGGAUUGACAGGGAAAAAAGGACAACGGGGUCCUCAAGGAAAACCUGGAACACCUGGUUUGUCCAACAAAAGUGGCCCAAAGGGAAACAGGGGUACAGCUGGGGAGCCAGGCAAAGUAGGAGUCCCUGGACCGAUGGGUCGAGCGGGAUCUGGUGGUGAAACAGGAGAACAGGGGCUUCCUGGUGACAUGGGUGAAACAGGUUCUGAGGGCAUCCAAGGAGAAAAGGGUCAACGGGGCAGCAUGGGUUUAAAAGGUGAUCGAGGAGAAAACGGUAUCCUAGGAAGAGAGGGAAAUGCUGGUAUUUCUGGGAUGAAUGGAGAAGCAGGAGACAUGGGCAGUGUGGGACCACAAGGCGUGCAAGGAAAUAUUGGCAGACCAGGAAAUAUGGGAUCGCCCGGACCCAUGGGGGCAAUAGGACAAGACGGAAGCCAAGGUCCACGGGGUGCAGUGGGAGCCACAGGUCCUGUGGGAGAGCCUGGAGUCAAAGGGGACACGGGACCUGCAGGUCUGAAUGGUAGACCUGGCCAAUCAGGAUCGAGAGGACAAAAGGGAGCGAGUGGAGAAAAUGGAAAGCGAGGAGCAAGUGGUCCAGAAGGAAACAUGGGACAUCCAGGUGACAAUGGUCUGCCUGGACUUCACGCCACUGAGGGAGAAACGGGCAAGAAAGGAGAGGCUGGGAUUAAGGGUCUUACGGGAUACAGAGGUCAAGCGGGUCCUGUAGGAGAGAUGGGUCUUCAGGGGCCAAGAGGUCUCAAAGGAGCCCAGGGUCCGAACGGAGAUGAAGGGAGGAUUGGAGAAAGAGGAGAGGAAGGAAAACAGGGAAUUGCAGGUCCUGUGGGUGCUAAGGGAGAAGUUGGAGAUAGAGGUGAACAGGGUUUGGGGGGAGCACCCGGUGACAUAGGAAAUAAUGGAGAGCCUGGAAUACCGGGAGAAGCUGGAUCUGAGGGAUCUCUUGGCGAACUAGGACAAAGUGGCAUUGAGGGACUCAACGGUGACACUGGACCUAAAGGUUCUCGAGGCACAAAAGGAUUUUCAGGCUCCACUGGCUUAACUGGAAACCCUGGUGAGCCAGGACAAACUGGGGCUCAGGGCCCUGCUGGACCACCAGGCGUAGAUGGACCUUCUGGCAGAAAAGGACCAAUCGGACUAGUUGGUAAACGCGGAGCCGCAGGACAAACUGGCGGAGAGGGACCGAAGGGUGAAAGAGGGGAACCAGGUAGUGAUGGUGAAGAUGGCACAAGGGGGAGAAAGGGCAGCAUUGGACUUCCCGGAAAGAACGGGAAAAGAGGAGAAAAUGCAGAUGAAGGUCCCCUCGGUUUAAAGGGGCCAACUGGAUUGCCUGGGGAACCUGGUGAAAAGGGUCCUCCUGGGGCAUCUGGUUCAAUAGGUGCCUCCGGUCUUCAAGGAGUCAAAGGAAUGUCGGGAGCUCGUGGAGAUCAAGGAGCCACAGGACGUUUUGGGGAAGAUGGUCCCCACGGAGCCACCGGUGAUCUAGGGUUACCGGGAAAACAAGGGGACAAGGGCGAUUUUGGCGAGUUAGGAGAUGUUGGAACUAAAGGAAGAGCAGGGGAUAAGGGAAGUAGAGGAGUCAGAGGUGCGAAAGGUCCCAUGGGAUCUAAGGGUGCACAGGGUCCUUUAGGUGAGCCUGGUCUCCCAGGACCGAUUGGACCUGCUGGGUUAGAGGGAGCUGACGGCAUCAGAGGGAGCCAGGGAUCCCCUGGAUUACAAGGAAUUUUCGGACCACCUGGCUCACAAGGAGGCUUUGGAAACAAAGGUGAUGCUGGACCACAGGGACCGGAUGGACUUCAGGGUCCCCCAGGACCUCCCGGUGAACCAGGACAGGCGGCAGAUAUUUCCGGCUUGAUUUCCCAACAGAGAUAUGGAUUUCUUGAAGAGUCUCUUACUCAGAGUAACGGAAAGUCCUCUCUGUACAGAAGUAAUUUGCCACGACAGAAGCCAGAAACUGACUCCAAACGAUUCCAAGAGGUCAACAGUCGAGUUAUCGAAGCCAUAAGCAAUCAAGUCCAGUCCUUAAUAACCUGCAGACGAUUUCUAGGUACCAGGCGCCACCCAGCCAGGACAUGCCGAGACCUGAAGCAACUUGAGCCUAAUGUUACUAAUGGUCACUUCUGGAUCGAUCCCAACGAUGGGCCAGCGGAUGAUGCAAUCCAGGUUUAUUGCGAUUUUCACUUGAACGCAACAUGCAUUCACCCAAAAAAGGGCAAGACUGAAAACAAGAAAUGGUUCUUUGGACCUGACGGAUACAAGUGGUUUGCUAAAGAAUUUGAUGAUCUCCCACAGUUUGUUUAUGACUGCGACCCAAUUCAACUGACAUUUCUUCGGCUGCUAAGCAACCGCGCAAAACAGAUCAUCACCUAUCAUUGUUUAAACUCCUCUGCCUGGUUCAAGCAAAGUACAGGGAACUAUGAAUAUUCCAUAAAGCUUAAAGCAGAAAAUGGAAUAGAGAUUCAUGCUCAGGGAACCAAGAAAUACAAACCUACCAUACUUCUUGACGAAUGGAAGAUUAAAGAUGGUACAUGGCGUAGAACAAUCUUGGAGGUUAAUACUUCCAAAACUCACAGACUCCCAAUUAACGACGUGGCAGUGCAUGAUGUUGGAGAUGCUGGAGAAGAGUUUGGUCUGGAAAUUGGUCCUGUGUGUUUCUCGUGACUAUGCGAAUAAAAAAAAUUAUUAAAAAAAACCCCUCAGGAAUCAGAAAAAUAAAUGUUCUUUCUGUUAAAUUUACUGCUGUGUUAAAUCACUACAUUUUUGGAUUUUAAAAAUCGCAACACAUGAUUGUUAGGUAGGUAUUGCUAAGAAUUUUGCCAGAAUAUAGUGGUUUACGUCCUUCCCAGUAGCAAGCGUUUAGUUGCUAGGGCGCGGAAAUGUCAGAUUUAAAAAUAAACAGACCAGUUAGUUUAA